CCCAUCUGGAUCUGUGCUGAAUGUCCCCGGGGGGGGGAUCAGCAGUCCAUGCAGGGGCCGCAGUCCUGCGUGCUACCCCCCCUCCAGCAAUGUCUGUCUGCCCUAGCGACGUCUGGCACUUCGUCUGUGUCUGCCAGACCGUGAAUAAAGCGUCUUUCCCAAAAACAAACAAACAAAAACAGUGACCGGAAAUUAAGUCCCUGAGUGCGCGCUGGAUAUAGUGCCUCUCUGACUCCCCCCCGCCCCCGAGGUGUCCCGUGAACUGCGGGUGCAGCGGAUGAGCGGGAGCAGCGCUGACCCAGACUGCCACAAACUCAGUCCCUUCAGAGGACCCAUCAUGCUAGUGGCAGGCUGAAAAGAUACAUGGACAUUUACUGCUCUUUCUACAGUGCUGCAUAGCUAAUCUGAGGAGAAAAAACAACCCCGGAAUCAAUAAUUCCUGAGCAUCUAGAGCAAAGCAUGAAACUCAUUGGCAUCUGUUCCUCUUUCCUCAUUCUUUUCUGCAGUAUUGCUCAUCAGAGGGAAGGAGCCCAAGAUUCUUGUUCACAUCGAUGCGGGGAGGAACUGGUUAACUGCUCAUGCCAGAGGGCCUGCAAGUCCCUGGGGAUUUGCUGUUCUGAUUACAGUGAAUUCUGUCUGCAGAUCUCUCCGUCCUCAGGGUCCCUUAUGGGAGGCAAGGACUUUGAGAUUUUAAAUGUGACUUUUAAUGCCUCCUCUGUUGUGAGCUGCAGGUUCAAGCAGGAAAUUGAAACCAGUGGUUAUGUUGCUGAAGAUGGAAGAGCCCACUGCAUCUCCCCUUUGCUGUAUGAGAGUGGCCUCAUCCCCCUUGAGAUUUCCAGGGACGUACAUCACAGCAAAGUGUCAGCUGCAGAAAAAAGCACACUAGUGAAUGCCACAAAGUGGCAGUACUAUGGCACACCCAACACUGGAGGAAAUUUGACUGUCACAUGGAUGCACCAGACAUUUCCAGCUAGAUGUAUCAAUAUAGAAGUCUGGGGAUACCAAGAAACAGGUGAGAGUUACUCAGAGAAUUGGAUGGCUGAAUGGAAAUAUCUUUACACCCUGGGAAAGGAAGAACCCAAUAGUGGAACAUUUACUUUCAUUCCUGUACCUGCUAAAGCAGAUUACAAUACCUGGGACAUUGGGGCUUUGAGAAUCAGUCCAAGCAACUAUUCUGACGGGCAGAGCAAUGUUCCAUCAAUCUGGAGCCCAGUGCAUGCACUGGCCUGGCACCUUGAAGAAGACUUCAGGAAACACUCAGCUGCCUGGGCAACAGCCAAGUGCUUGGAAUGGGACAGGAGGGAGGAGAAACUUCCUGACUUCCUGGAAGAAAUUAUGGAUUGCCCCUGCACCUUGGCACAAGCCAGAGCUGACACUGGCAGGUUCCAUACUGAUUAUGGGUGUGAUAUUGAAAAAGGGAGUGUGUGCACUUACCAUCCUGGAGCUGUGCACUGCGUAAGGGCCAUUCAGGCCAGCCCCCAGUAUGCAUCGGGACAGCAGUGCUGCUAUGACUCCACAGGUACCCAGAUCCUCACACGAGACUCCAUAGGGGGAAGUACACCUGAUCGAGGCCACGACUGGGGCUCUCCACCUUUCAAAAAGCCUCCUAGGGUUCCUGGUUUUUCCCAUUGGCUUUAUGAUGUCAUCAGCUUUUAUUACUGCUGUCUGUGGUCUGAUAACUGUCAGUUCUACCUGAAACACCGUCCCUCCAGUGACUGCAGGACUUACAAACCUCCUCGGGUUGCUUCUGCUUUUGGGGAUCCUCACUUCCUCACAUUCGAUGGGGCUAACAUCACAUUCAAAGGACAAGGUGAAUACACACUGCUAGAGUCCAGUCUGACAACCUUAAGAGUGCAAGGAAGGACACAACCUGCCAGACUUCUAAAUGGCACUGUGGCUAAAGUGACACGUUUGUCUUCAGUGGCCAUACAGGAGAAUAAUUCUGAUGUGAUUGAGGUACGCAACUCAGAGCACUCUGGGAUGUUGGAGGUCCUGUUGAACAAGGAAGUGAUUAGUUUCUCUGAGCAAAGCUGGAUGGAUUUGAAAGGCCUCUUUCUCUAUUCCACAGCUGAUCAGAACAUCACCGUGAUGUUCUCUUCUGGGGCUGGUAUGGAACUAAGAGGAAGGGGAGGAUUUCUGAGCCUGACAGUCCUGUUGCCAGUGGAGUUUCACAAUCACACACAGGGUCUCUUGGUAAUGAAUGAUAAUCCAAGGGAUGAGUAUACCUUCAAAAAUGGGACAACCAUGUCAUCUGAUGCCAGCCCUCUGCAGUUGUUUGAGUUUGGAGCUGACUGGGCUGUCAAAAAUGAAACUUCCCUCUUUACUUAUGACACCCAGUUCUUAUUGAACAACUUCUUCUAUGUGGCAAAGCACAACUCUGCCUUCAUACCAGUGUUUUCUCCUUAUGAAGACCCUGCUGACAUCCUGGUGAAGGAGAUGACCCUGCUCUGUGAUUCUGACCCUUUCUGCAGGUUUGAUGUCCUUACAACCAGAAGUCUCAAGGUGGGAAAUUCCACCAGAGUAUCCCAUCAGAAUCACAAGUGGCUGGUGGAGAGUCUACAGCCAGGUGAGCAAGAAGUUGAUGAAGAACCAUCCAUAAGUCUCCAGCUACACCUCAUGUCCACCAAGAUCCUGCACCCUUCCCAGUCCGAUUUUAGACCAGUAUCUGGCGGAGAGAGUGUUAUUGUGCAAGUAGUUGAUCUCCUGGCAGAGUACAAACCUCCAUAA